ACAAUAGAUCGACGUUUACCAAUCACCGUAUGCCUGCUAUCCUAUAUCAACCAAUUGAUAGUCAAUCUGAGCUUCUUAGCAAUGAUGUCCCGCCCUUCUGGCCCUAGCAACGGAGCAGCCGUGGAAGGAUUUGGGGGCUGCUUGCACAUGCCAAGCGCAGAAUGAAACAGGUUAUUGUCGAUGAUACAGAGGAUGUGUCCCUGGAUGUUGGCAAUGAGGAGGAACUGGCACUGCAGAAAGCAAAGAUCAGGCAUCCUCUGGCCACCUUUUUUCACUUAUUUUUUCGAGUUGGGGCUAUUGUUGCCUAUUUGUUCUGUGACUGGUUCAGCAAAAGCUUUGUCACCUGUUUUGUCAUCAUCCUGCUUCUUCUGGCAUUUGACUUUUGGUCGGUCAAGAAUGUAACUGGAAGACUACUGGUUGGAUUACGUUGGUGGAACCAGAUCGACGAGGAUGGGAAAAGUCACUGGAUCUUUGAGGCUAAAAAGGCUUCACCAAAUAUUACAACAUCGACAGAGGUUGAAGCUCGGAUCUUCUGGCUGGGUCUUAUUAUAUGUCCAAUGAUCUGGACAAUAUUUUUCUUCAGCACUUUGUUUUCUUUGAAACUGAAAUGGCUGGCUCUUGUGAUUGCUGGGAUGUCUCUUCAAUCAGCAAAUCUUUAUGGCUAUGUUCACUGCAAAACAGGAGGCCAACAAAAUGUUAGCAAGUCGGCAUCAAGAUUUUUAUCCCAACAGCUCUUCCAACGAACACUAUGAUGUUCGACAGUUGAAAUUUCCAUAUGAUCCAACCCUCUUUGCAUGGAUAACCAGAGAUAUGCCUGCCUGUAAUUUUGUCACUGAGAUAAGUGUGAAAAUACAUCAAUCAUAGUGCCUUAUUUUCCUUUAAUAUCAUUUGACGUUCCUGCAAUUUUGUUUAUACCUUUUAUUUAUUAAAUUAUACAUUUCCUAAACCA